GGCACUUCCACCCUGUCCAACAUUGGCAUCCCCUGUAAACCAACGCACUCCACGACAGCAUCAUCGCUGCUUGCCAAGCCGAAGCCUGCGCCUCCGUGCCUCUACCUCUCGAUAGGAAGCGACACAAGCCCACACUGCCAUCGACCCGAGACCAGCACAAGGGCCCAUGGCACCAGCUGCCAUCGCAAUGAUCCGGUAGAGACACCGACGCCUCGAUUCGCCUCUCCAGUCGCUCGUUUACCGCAGUCGUCCACCACCACCUUUCCUACCUGCACCGUCUCGCGCCGCCACAACUCUUGGACCAGCCUCACCUGAUGCCGCAUUCGACGUCCUCCGCGUCGGAGCGGCGCGACCCCUCGCAGAACCGUUCCAAGGGCAAACGCGAUGCAAGCGUUGACUCUCGCGAAGCCGCCACAGAGAAGUUUCCCGACUUUGACUCGUCCUCCAGCUUCUACACCUCCGGCUCGGGCCCCACCCUCGCACAAGGCCGCCCCGGCAGCAGACAGAAUGGCUACUCAAACGGUAGCUCGGCACCUUCCAGCAGCGAGCGAUGGGCCCCUCGGAGAGAGAGUUCAGCGCGGGGUGUCAAGUGGGGGCCCACGGGCACACCGUCGCGCGGCCACGGCCGGCAGAAGAGCAUCACCGAAGCCGUCAGGAAUAUCCGGGCUCGCGGCGGCAGUGUCAGCCAGAAUGCCCAUGAGAUUGCCGGCGCCCUCAGGGCCCCUGUCUCUCCGAGACUCAUUAUCCUGUGCAUCAUGUGGUACGCGUCAUCUGCACUCACCAAUACAUCGGCCAAAUCCAUCCUCAACGCCUUUGCCAAGCCUGCCACCCUGACCAUGAUUCAAUUCCUUUUCGUAUCGGCCUACUGCCUACUGUUCUCGUGGCUCGCCGCUUCAUCCUCAGCCGUCCGGUCCGCCGUGCCGGCAUUGAAACACGGGAUCCGCCCGCCGAGUGUGGAGGUCCUCCGGUCGACGAUGCCCUUGGCCCUCUUCCAGAUAGGGGGCCAUCUUUUGAGCUCCAACGCGACCACCCUGAUACCCGUGUCCCUUGUCCAUACAAUCAAGGGGCUUUCGCCCCUGUUCACUGUUCUGGCUUACCGCUUCAUCUACGACAUCAGGUACCCAUCCGCCACCUACCUGUCAUUGAUCCCCCUGACCGCCGGCGUCAUGCUUGCAUGUUCUGGGAAACACUCCAAUUUUGGCGGGCAGCUCCUCGGGAUCAUCUAUGCCCUCCUUGCCACUCUCAUCUUCGUGACUCAAAAUAUAUUCUCCAAGCGUCUCUUCAACGAGGCCGCGCGCGCCGAGGCCGAAGGGUUGACUGCAAAGACGCGAAAGCUUGACAAGCUGAACCUCUUGUGCUAUUCCUCCGGUCUUGCCUUUGUAUUGACAGCGCCGAUCUGGUUUUGGAGUGAAGGAAUCGGCAUCAUCGGUGACUUCCUCCACGACGGCGCCGUUGAUCUCGAAGAGGGCCCCGACACCUUCGACCACGGCCGCUUGUUCGUUGAGUUCGUCUUCAAUGGCACCUUCCAUUUCGGCCAGAACAUAUUGGCCUUCGUCCUCCUCUCGAUGGUGUCUCCCGUGACAUACUCGGUAGCAAGUCUUCUCAAGCGAGUAUUUGUUAUUGUCAUCGCCAUCCUCUGGUUCCGAAGCCCGACAACUAGGCUGCAGGCUGUAGGCAUCGGGCUCACCUUCUUUGGUCUCUACCUCUACGACAGGAGCAGCGAGAAGAACAAGGCGGACCGCAGGGCACGGAACAUGACCGAAAGCAAUGUGACCCCAUUGUUACCCCUCAACACAGCUGAUGGACUACGAGUGAACCAGCCUGCUACCGUCUUCGAGAGCCCUGUGUCUAUCGCGCCAAACCCUGCCGCCCACCCCUACACCAACGGAUAUUCCAACAGCAACGGGCACAACGACGACAGUAAGAAGUCGGACGACACCGGUACUGUACGGACAAGAGCUCAGAGCAACGCGCAGUGGCUCCCGCCAGGAACGAGGCAGGAAGAAACCUGGCGGCUAGGUGAUCAGGACGCUCGUCGCCCGGCGUGA